UGAUUAACAAAAAUGUUGCGCUCCGCGGUCACUGCGAGUGAGACAGUGAAAAAUGGUUGCUCCCUACCUGAUCUGUCAAGUGAUUAUCUGUACUUUUCUCGUUUAGUAUGAAUCGUUAGACUCGACAGCCCUAAAUUUCUCGUAACUCUCGCGUUUUGGCACCAAAUUGAAGUGUUGAAUAUAAAUCUGGUAUGAAAAUGAAGAUCCCAAACAGCGGCUCAGGGAAUGGGUAUUAUGGACAUGGGACUGGCAUAAUUCCGUAUCUGGACAACAUCGACGAAGAAGCUGAUGCUCACGUAGCAGAUGGCGACUUUUCAGAGUACAUGUGGAUGGAAAACGAGGAAGAGUUUGAUAAAGAGGUACUGCAACAGCUCGAGGAGGAGGAGCUGAUGGAGGAAUGCCUGGAAGCAAUGUUGGAGGAAGAAAGGCAGCACCAGAGAAAUCAAACAUCAACAGCUUGGUCCACUGCUACCAGUACUCCUGACAAUAAUGGCGUUGAUCUCUGCCAGCAACUGGGUGGCUUACGAGUACAUGAUGACCUUGCCAAACAGAGUACACUGAAUCCAAAUGCGGCAGAAUUUGUACCCUCAUUUAAACCGCCAACGACAGCAGUAAGUACGCCGCCUGAGGUUGCUGCUGAGUCGUCGUAGAAGAGUUUCGUCUCCCUUAUAACGGAUAUAAGCCACAAAUGGGCUGCAGAGAUGCCUGGAGUCCAUCAGCUACAGUCUAUCAGGUGUUUAGACUGGGAAACUUUAGAUACAUGCCAGCGACCGUAUGUACAAAUAGACGAAUGAGUGCGUAAUCGUCGAUAUGGAAGCGACACGGUUACACAUUAUCCGAAAUUAAUGACAUCAAUUUAUGUAAUAUUAAGUAAAAGCGUGUGUUGUUCAUGUUUUUUAUAGGAGAGAACCCAUUACAACAAAAUCACCAAGAAAAUUGAUAUCCGUCUAUUAAUUUGUUCAGUAAGUCAACGGGCGAUUGAUAUCGCACACGUAUAAAUGGCAAAAAUUAAAUUAUAAUUAUCUCUACGUUCCUGUUUAUACUAUUUCACAAUGAAUUCCGGUAAAAUUUAUAAUCAUUGGCAUUACUUACAAGCGUGAUUUUCGACACACAGUUAUUCGUGAAUACAACAAAAAAGUAAUACUACUGGUAAUAGGUAAAGGGGGAAAUUGGAUAGCUCAUAUGUGGGAACCCUAGUAAACUUCCAGAGAACUAUACGUUUCUUAUUUACGUCAUUUUUUUUAACACAAAUUUUCUUUUUGCAUGAUUUCAUUAAAAUUUAUUGGAUGGUGCAGAAGGUAAAUAUUUGUAUGUUAACGUUGCGCGAACGCGUUUACUACUUUCGCCAAUGUACUUAGAGGAAGACUCGACGCAGUACCAUUUAUUUAAACAAUUUCUAUCAAGUUCUUGAACCUCGCUAUAAAACAAAAAAGAAACCUAGUCGAAUUGUAAGUGCGUUCACUUUUGCAACGAGUCUUGUGCAAUGAUAAUUAUUUUAUUGUGCACACAGAAAAACGAGAUGUGCAUAUAGGAUCGUCGAAGCAUAACGGUUUUUCUCAUUUAUCUAACAGCUCCUUCGUCUAACGUAACAUAUAACACCACACAAUGGACACGUAACUGUAUGACCCGAAGUAUCAUCUCAUGUCUACGAUUAAAUAAUCGAAAAUGUAAAAAUUACGAUAUAAUUCAUAUAAGAAAAAAAAGAUAAAAAAAAUAUUGAAAACAAUAUCGAAUAACGGUGUGGUCGGUUUUGAAAAUCUCGAGUCAGUAUGGACUCUUAAUAAUUUCAACUUCGAUCACAAAUUAUUUCCAAUGAGUUACUAUGGCCAAGAGAAGAGAGUAGUUUAUGUAUACGGAUUCUAGGCUCUCUGUUAGUACAUUCUCUUAUGUAGGCUUUCGGAGAUUUCUAUUGAGUCUGUGACGAGGGACUCUUUUGGCAACAACUCUCCUUGGUAACAAUAAGGGUCAGGACAUUGCUUACUUACUUUCUAUAAAAGUUUCUAUAAAAAUUCUAUUUCGAAAUUUUAUAGGUUGUAGGCCAUCAAUUAUUAAUUACUAUCGAAUCAUGAAACAGUGUAAAUGGUGAGUGUACGUUUCAGUUUUUUCUUGAAUCGCAAUAAGUCGUUUUUUUUCGACAAACGUAAUCAUCAUUAAUAUUCAACUAUGCACAUCACUUAGCAAUAUGAAAUAUAAAUUCUUUAUGGUACACAUUUUGGUACCCAUACUUGAAGUGAUAAUGUCGCUCAAGAUUAUUUUAAUUUUUUUUUUGUAUAAAUAGUCUUCCAUUAUUAUAUUUAGUUUUUGAUAUUUCAUGUCGAUCUAUUGUCUCAGUUAAUUUAUAAAUAUUUGAAAAAUGCAAUUUUUGCGAUUCAAGAUAGAAAGGUGGUGAUCAAGACACGUUGCCAUCCACGUAAUCAUUGUAUAAAGAUUUAUUUCCUAGGCUUUAAAGAAUUAUUACCUAUUAAUGUACGUAUUUACAAUGAUAGAGUUGUUUCUUCCGCAAAUUGUUCCUAAUGACAAAAGAUCAUUGUUUGCAUUAUGUCUUGCGAUCAUUAUUCAAUGUAGAAUAAAGUUGCGCUAUUUUUAUUUACUGUACUCAUAAUUUCAUUGGGUCUCCCUUCACGUGGCACGAAGUGUUUUCAUCAUGACCUAGGAUGAGCAUGGAUGUGGGACUGCGAUCAAAGAAAGAGCGAAAAAAAAA